AUGAAUACUGCUGCGGCUGAGCGAGCUUCUCACGCACCAAACCUCGAGUCCUUAAUUGAAGGAAAGGAACUCAAUACGACCGAUCGUUCUGGUAGUGAACCACCACGUUCCACUCGUGACAAUCAGCACGCACGGAAACCACCUAGUAAAGCUUCCGUGAAGACCAGGUGGCGCGAUCAACUGGGUCGCGACAGGACUGAACCCGGCGACAAAUAUCGAUUUGCAGCCUUGCUGCCAAUUCUUGUCAAUGCUUGGAUGUCUACGUCAUUCCAAGCCAAUCCAGUGGUAAACGAAGUAUCAAACCGCAGAGGCACGGAUACUAUGAUUGAGCUUGCGUUUCAACUUCGUCGUGGGGCCGACCACAUAUGGAGGGCUGAAGUAGAUAUGGUCCUGCCUGGUACACCAGACUGUGUUCGAGCUGAUGCAGUCGCAGCAUUAAACCUACCAGAAGAUUGGACCGAUUUCUUGGGAGAAUUAAACAAUCGAUACGUGUUCUCAUGGGCAUGGACUGUAGAAUUGAUCGAUCUGCCAGAGUCGACUGUCACAUUUAGCUACGAGGCUAAAGUGGACGACUUCAAAGUUGUGUUACGUCAAGUCCAACUUACCAUGUUUUCAAGCCAGCUGCAUAGGCGGGCUCUCGGUCUCGAGGACGGACCAGUAUUUGGUGCUACUUUCAACAAGAAUAUUCUUCGGUUUUAUGUGUCAAACUGGGAGAAUGACACAGUGGUUGUACGGCGGAUCUUGGAAUAUACCAUGGGUGAGGACGUGGCAGCGUCUGUAGAUGCGGUUUCGUCUGCUGACACGAGCGACGAAAUGGAAUGUGAUGAGUCCCAUCCUAACGAGAAUGUUGCCGUCGUCGAUAGUAACGAAGAGUUGGGCAAUGGAUUAGUGGACAGCAUGGUUUCCCCACUUGGUCAUCCGGACGAGUUCAGUGCGAAGACAGUUCUUCGGGCUUCGGGGUAA